AUGGCGUUUGAUCAAAAUUCGUUUCCCAAAGAGUUAAGACCGUUAAACGUAGCUCGAACUGUGGCUGAUGAGCCCCGCAUUGCGCUCGCUACUACAACUGGACGAAACCCAGAUGGACUUUUCCCCAACCUGGCUCUUGAAGUUAAUAGCCCUAAUUCGAUACCUGUCUUUUACCCAUCAACGGUCGCAGAGGCUGGGCUUGUUGGCGUAGGGUAUGGAAAUGCCAUGUCUGGGGUGCCCACGUGGCGCCCUCGCGUACCUGUGCCGGUGGGGCAUCCAGGGAUGAACACUGCCGUUGCUGUUGGAAUUGGUUACAGUCCUAAUUUGGGCGGUCGGCUUGGCGGCAAUGCUGUUGAUCUUGUAAGCUCUUCUACUACAACAACUGCUUCUGGCCCUUCUGUCUGUAAUUUUAAUAUGUCUAAUAGGGUUGUGGGCAAUGGUUUGGAUCAUGGUGUUAAUGAUAUGGCAGUUAGAUUUGGUUAUAAUCCCAAUUUGGGAAAUAAGGUCAGUGGUAAUGUUGCUAAUCAAACUGGGAAUGAUUUGACAUCUGCGUAUGGUAAUAAUGCCAAUUUUGGCAAUCGGGUUGGUGGCAAUGGAACUGAUCAAGCAAGCGACGAUGGUGGAGAUGAUUCUGUGUCAGGGAAGAAAGUCAAGCUUCUGUGCAGCUUUGGGGGAAAGAUUUUGCCCAGACCAAGUGAUGGAAUGUUGAGAUACGUUGGAGGGCAGACAAGGAUUAUUAGUGUUCGGAGAGAUGUGAGCUUCAGUGAGCUAGUGCAGAAGAUGUUGGAUACAUAUGGGCAACCUGUGGUUAUUAAAUAUCAGCUCCCUGAUGAGGAUCUCGAUGCACUGGUGUCAGUUUCAUGUGCUGAUGAUCUUGACAAUAUGAAGGAUGAGUAUGGGAAGUUGGUUGAGCGAUCUCCAGAUGGGUCAGCAAAACUGAGGGUGUUUUUGUUUUCUGCUUCAGAAGUUGAUCCAUCUAGUGUUGUACAAUUCGGGGAUUUACAUAAUAGCGAGCAAAGAUAUGUUGAUGCUGUCAAUGGGAUUAUGGAUGGGGUCGGUGGUGGUAUCAUGAGGAGGGAGAGUAUGACAAGUGCCACUUCAACACAGAAUUCUGAUUUUAGUGGAACUGAUAUUGUUGAUAGCUCAAUUCCUGGUCAGGGUGACACUACUGGACCUCCAUCAGCAGGCAAAUUAUCGCCUAAAGGGGAUACAGCUACUUCUCAUGAUACUAGUACAAGAUUGGUAAUUGUGGAUCCUAACCCUGCAGUUUAUUCUGAAGUUUCUACAGUUCCAUUGGGCAUUCCUGUGGUUAAGUCUGCGCCUCCCCAAACAUCACCUUCUCAGCCUGAGUGUGAGUUAGAAAGGUCUGUUCCUGUUACAGUAUCGCAGCAGCAAGUGGGGUUGCAGCAACCUGGAAUUGGCAUUCCAUCCACUGCUCCUUAUCUGCAAACUUAUGUUGGUCCUCGCCAAGAAGUUAUGAACCGAGCAGAUCAUCUCCAGCUUCCUCCUCAGAUGGGUUUCCCAAAUGCUCACCUAUUGGGGACUGCUAGUCCUGUAUAUACCCAACAGCAAUUCUGUGAUAGUGUUGCUGGCAUCACCCAACAUCACUUCAUUCCUGCAGUGCACAUGACAAUGACUCCCUCAUCUUCUCAUGUUAAUAUAAGACCAAAUGUGCUUCAGCCAUUGAUGCAACCCCAGCAGACUCGGUUAGAUCAUUAUGUAGAUGAGAGCACCUUUGUUCCCAGGGUAGUCCAGUUUCCUACUGAGCAAGGCUAUAAUUCUUAUCAGGUUCAGGUCCCAUCACCAGUGGUAGGAGGUGCUUAUGGCUGGCAUCAGGUUCCACCACCAGAGCAUGUGAUUUUUCAUGAUGGUUUGGUAUCCCACCAACAGGUAAUGUAUCCUGAGAAAUCCCAAAGGUUGGAGGACUGUUAUAUGUGUCAGAGAGCAUUGCCUCAUGCACAUUCUGAUACUUUGGUACAGGUUCAUAGAGACAGUGGUGGAAGCCCAGUAUCUGAUUCAAAUUCAACUUAUCAUAGUCCCCGCCUGGAGGACAAUUUGCGAGCUCAACCAAUGAACAUGGUUAUGGUAAGUGGAGCAUUAGCAGAAGGUAAUUUUGGGCAAGGAGUUGAGGCUCGACUCAGGGUCCAAGGUCAAGUAGAUCCUCUUGUUGGAACAUCUCAUUCAGAGGUGACUGGGAUCUCGCAGAUUUCUGAGGGAACUCGUGAAAAUGAGAGAAUGAAUCUUCAACAAGUUGAUCUUCCAAUGAUUACAGCUCCCCAUGGUGUUAUCAGGAGAGGAGGUGACAUACAGUCACCAAAUAGCGCAUUCAUGUUCACUAUUCCUCAGCGUUGUCAAGAUGAUGCUGUUCAACAACGUUCUGCUCCAUUCCAGUACCAGGUUAAACAGGAAAAUUUAGUUAAUGAUCUUUUUAAUCAAGAUGUACCUCUUGUUGGAGGCACACCUGUUCAAACUUCAGAAUGCCUGGUUCAUGAAUCUCCAACUGCAUACCCCAACAAAUUUCCUGGAGUUAUUCCAAAAGAAGACAAUGUAGACACUUGCAUUGCAUAUGAUCAUCUGAGACAAAUCGAUGGGAGAAUGGAGACCCUCAGGAUAAGCCCCACUGAGGUUUAUGUUAAUAAUGAGCAUGGGAAGUCACCCAUUGAUACGCCUAGAGUGGAAGACAGCUUUGACCAUAAAGCACCACAAGUUGGGGGUAGGGAGGUGACUCUAGAUAACACUGUUGGCAGGAGUCACUUUAAACCAACCGAAGUAGAGGCUUCUUCCCCUGCCGAAGUCUCACAUGGGUAUAAUUCGCAGCCUGUAGAAUUCUUUGAGGCGGCACAGCCAUCUAUGUGGGGAAAUCCUGAAUCUUACCCACAAUCAAGAGUUGGAUUCCAUCCUCAGGAUGCUUAUGAAUUGAACUAUGGCAACCCUGUUGUUUCUACCCUUAUAAAUAAUGGAAUUCAACCUCCUGCUGAAAGGAAGGAUGAGAACUUAAGAUUGCAGUCCAAGAUGGUACCUAAUGAUGUGGACGGUGUUACCUCAAAUGAUGCUGUUCCCCAGGACUCCUCAAACUCACUGUUCAGCAAUCAGGAUCCUUGGAGUUUGCGCCACGAUACUCAUUUGCCUCCUAAACCAACCAAAAUACAAUUGAGAAAAGAACCAUUUACAGAAAUGCGAAUGGAUGAUGGGGGUCAGCAGUCACUGGGCAAUUUGAACAGGGAUCUUAGUUCAGAGCCUGCCCAGUCUUCCAAAGGAUCAGCCGAGGAACAAAUAAAGCAAGAACUUCAAGCUGUUGCUGAGGGAGUAGCUGCCUGCGUUUUUCAGUCAUCUUCGCCGUCAAAUCCUGACUUACAUGAUAAAGAUGAGUAUGCUUAUCAAUCCAAUCAAGAUGAAGAUGUUCAAAACAAUACUGCAGGCAUGCAAAACAGAGCGAAAGUUGAGGAUGUCAAGACCAAAUUCGGAGAUAAGGCAAAUCUUGGUUUUCCGGUAUCAGAUAGCCGAGGCCGAUUGCAGAUUAUAAAGAACAGUGACCUUGAAGAGCUGAGAGAAUUGGGUUCCGGAACUUUUGGUACUGUUUAUCAUGGGAAAUGGAGGGGCACUGAUGUUGCAAUUAAAAGAAUAAAUGAUAGGUGUUUUGCUGGGAAGCCUUCAGAACAAGAGCGCAUGAGAGAAGAUUUCUGGAAUGAGGCCAUCAAACUUGCUGACUUGCACCACCCCAAUGUGGUAGCUUUCUAUGGCGUUGUGCUUGAUGGGCCGGGAGGUUCUGUGGCAACAGUGACAGAGUAUAUGGUUAAUGGCUCUCUUAGAAAUGCCUUGCAGAAGAAUGAGAAGAGUCUGGACAAGCGCAAGCGUCUCUUGAUUGCAAUGGAUGUGGCAUUUGGGAUGGAGUACCUGCAUGAAAAGAACAUAGUACACUUUGAUUUGAAAAGUGACAACUUACUUGUCAAUCUUCGAGAUCCACACCGCCCAAUAUGCAAGGUUGGUGACUUGGGCCUAUCUAAAGUGAAAUGUCAUACACUGAUCUCCGGUGGUGUGCGGGGAACGCUUCCAUGGAUGGCACCAGAACUGUUGAAUGGUGGCAGUAGCCUUGUUUCUGAGAAGGUAGACGUGUUUUCUUUUGGUAUUGUGUUGUGGGAGCUCCUCACCGGAGACGAACCAUAUGCAGAUUUGCACUACGGUGCUAUCAUAGGGGGUAUUGUGAGCAAUACAUUGCGGCCACCAGUCCCAGACUCUUGUGAUCCAGAAUGGAAAUCACUGAUGGAGAGAUGCUGGUCUUCGGAGCCAACUGAGAGGCUGAACUUCACUGAAAUUGCAAACAAAUUACGUGCUAUGACCGCAAAGAUUCCUCCUAAAGGACAAAGCCAACCGCAGCAACCCCCUUCUACACAGCCUCAGAUUCAAAAAUGA